CUGUCAAUUCUGUCAAAUGGAUAUCGAACUUGUUCAUGGUCGACUUUGUUGAAUUUUAUUUCUGACUACUUUUGAACUUAUUCUAUUAUUAUGGAUGUUUUCAACAAAUUCUAUUCAUCGGUGAGUAAUACUGUGUCCCAACUAUCUGGAGUGCUACCUGGAAAUCCUGUUACACGAGAGUUUGAAGCAACGCAAUUCAUCGCCAGCGCAGGGCCAGGUCUACUAUGGAAAGUUUACAAAGGUUUUAAGAAGUCAACAAAGCAAGAGGCUUCGAUAUUCGUGUUCGAAAAAAAGUGUCUGGAAAAAUGGGGCAAGGCGGACCGGGAGCUCAUCCUGGAGACGAUGCGGCGCGGCGUCGCGCAGCUCACCAAGCUGCGGCACCCGCAGAUCCUCACCGUGCAGCACAGCCUCGAAGAGAGCAGGGAGAGCCUGGCAUUCGCCACAGAACCAGUGUUUGCCAGCCUGGCCAACAUCCUAGGCAACACAGAUAACAUGCCUCAGCCUGUGCCAUCACACUUGGUGAACUACAAACUGUAUGAGGUGGAAAUAAAGUAUGGGUUGCUGCAAGUAGCGGAGGGACUGGCCUUCCUGCACAAUGAUGUGAAGCUUCUGCAUCACAACCUGUGUCCUGAGUCCAUAGUUGUGAACCAGCAGGGGGCAUGGAAGAUAUUUGGGUUUGACUUCUGCAUUGCUAAUCAGAGUGGGCCUGGAGCAGAGCCAUUUUGGCCAUUCACAGAGUACUGCCAGGCCAUGAACCCUCUAACUCAGCCAGUGCUGGACUACCUAGCUCCAGAGUAUGUUCUGACAGCAUCACACUCACCGGCCAGUGACAUCUACUCUCUGGGAAUGAUAAUCUAUGCUCUGCACAGCUCUAGUCACCACACAUUAGGCAAUGUUGGCAAUGACUACACAAAGUUCAAGAGGUUUGCCAGUGAAUUGAAGAACCUUCCAGCAUCUCGCUUGAAUUGCAUUGCAGAAGGACUGCGGGAAUAUGUCAAGUUGAUGCUCAAUGUUUCACAUGUUCUGAGACCAGAUUUACACCAGUUUUUAAAGAUACCAUAUUUUGAAGAUGUUGGUGUCAAAACUUUAAACUAUCUAGACUCCCUUUUCCAAUGGGACAACCUACAGAAAUCACAGUUCUACAAAGGCCUGCCACAGAUUAUCCAGAAGAUGCCCCACAGAGUGUGCAUAUAUCGGAUCCUGCCGUGUCUCACCAAAGAGUUUGUCAACCCUCCCAUGGUGCCCUUUGUCCUCCCAAAUGUGUUGCUAAUAGCUGAAAACUCAUCAAAAGACGAGUACAUCAAAUACAUACUACCAGUCCUGAAGCCAGUCAUGACAAUUCAGGAACCGAUACAGAUACUGCUGAUAUUUAUGCAAAAAAUGGAGUUACUAUUAAAACUGACUCCCGGAGAGGAGGUUAAGAGUGACAUCCUGCCUAUGUUAUACCGAGCUUUAGAGGCUGACGCCCAGCAGAUCCAGGAGCUCUGCCUGUCAGUGCUACCAACCUUUGCAUCUCUGAUAGACUACCCGGCGAUGAAGAAUGCUCUUCUGCCGCGAAUCAAGAAGCUCUGUCUGCAGACGAGCUACAUCUCGGUGCGUGUGAACUGCCUGUUGUGUGUGGGCAAGCUGCUGGAGCAUCUGGACAAGUGGCUGGUGCUGGACGAGAUCAUACCCUUCCUGCCGCAGAUACCCUCGCGGGAGCCUGCUGUUCUUAUGGGGAUAUUAGGAAUCUACAAGCUAGCCCUAAGUCACAAGAAGCUAGGCAUCACUAAAGAGGUGAUGGCCACUAAAGUCCUACCCUUCCUCAUUCCGCUGUGUGUGGAGAAUGGCCUCACUCUGAACCAGUUCAACGCACUCAUGACGCUUGUGAAACAAAUGAUCGCGAAAGUGGAGACGGAGCAUAGAGUCAAGUUAGAGCAGCUGAAUUCUAUACAGAAUGAGUCUAAAACAAUGGACCAAUCGCUCGCGCUAUCCAGCCCAGAUUCUCUAGUACCCGCCCCUGCGCCGCAGAGCGACAUAGAGCAGAUGUUCUCGGGGCUCGGCCUGGAUCCCUUCUCCAGUCGCAAGCCCGUGGAGGCUAGUGAGCCAGUAGUGACAGCUGGGCAAGACCGCUCGUUGACGCUUGAGGAUAAACAGAGAAUCGCUCAACAACAGGAGACAGUGAAGAAGUUGACACAUCAGCCUCCGCCCACACUCCUCACAAGGAACCAGCAGACUCCGAAGCAAAAACCAGUCGACCUCACCAGCACGCUCCUACAGUCGAAUCUGAGCCAACUGUCCUCAACACCAAGGUCGAUUUUCCCUCAGCAAAACGUUACAAGCCCAGUCAUGUCUCCUAUGGGUAUGCAAAACAGUUCUAUGGGUAUGCAAAAUAGUUCUAUGGGUAUGCAAAACAGUUCUAUGGGAAUGCAAAACAGUUCUAUGAGUUCUAGCAGUAAUAGUAGUAUGGGUUCGUUAAUGAGUAUGAGUAAUAAUCAGUCGUACCAGAGUGUCCCAGCUAUAGACAUGGGGAACAACAGUUGGUCCCAAAAUGGCGGCAAUUUCAAUAACAAAUGGACAUCUAAUCAAAAUCAGGCGAAUACGAAGCAGGAUUGGUCCGCCUUUGAAUCUCUUCUGCCGACUCAGACACAGAAUAACAGUCAAAAUAAUAAUAAUGUGAAAAAGUUGAGUCCGACCGAUAUGAUGGAUUUGUUAGGUUAGGUCUUGGGUUAGAUCGCGUGUCUCGAAUGGGAAGAUAGUUUUAAAUCUGUUUAUAGAUGGCGCCACUAUAGUUUGUGGAUGCGAGCUCGAUUUUCAUUGGGGUCUGAUUGGGUUAUGGAUAAUUAUGUUCAGGUACCUACAAAAGGAUGUAGGAAUAAAUAUUUUACUUCGGAUCGGCAUUUGAUGUACUACUGUUAAACUCCAAUAUAACUAACAGAAACAUUUAUAAAUAAAUCGUCCAAAUGAAUUUCACCAGAGGGCACAACUAAAGUUAGUUUUUUUAGUACAAAACGAGGCACUGUUAAAUUAAUAAUGCACACUUAGAACUAACAUUCCAUCCACAACAUUGAAGUGUUACAUUCCGUCUUUCCAUCAUGUGCAUUUAAAUAGAUACUAUUCAAUAAUAAAUGUAUGGAUUAGACUUCACUGUAUAGGUAAUGUAAAUUUGUACUUAUGAGUACCUACUUUUAACCAUUUACUUCGGUACAUAUUCCAUUAUUUUAUAAGGACUAUAUUAUGGCAAUGUUUGAAUGUCCACACGGUAUAUUUAAAAGAGCUGCCUCUGAGCACUGCGGUCGAUGCUCAAAUGUACCUACUUAUUGAGAAAAGAGCUUUUUCUAAUCGAUAAAGUUUAAUUCAAUAGUUCGUUCUGUGGAUUUGUGAAAUAUGAAGGGUUUUUAAUUUAGACAAAAAAGUGGGAAUUAAUCUUCCGCCUAUCCCGUUAGCACUUUAUAGAGCAAAACUGUGUCUUGUUUCUCAUCUAUUCUCAUUGCAUUCCAUCACAGAAAAUGCUUAUGCUUACAAGAAUAUUAUUGAUGCGUGUAUAUUGAUUUUGAUGUAGGUACACAAGGGCUAUAAUUGUAAAUAUUGAUUUGAUCUCCUUUUAUUUAUUAUAAAACAAGUGAAUUUCUCUCUUUUGGUUUGUGUAUGGUGCACCAUUUUGUACAAUAUGCUAAGCGGUUUUUUCUGUAAAUAGUUUUCUACAGCGUUCCCUGUGAAUGUUAUACUACUAUUAUAGUAUUUGUUUAGUAUUAAAACAUUUUUAUGUAGACUUGCAUAAAUAUUAAUGGUAUUUAUUCGAAUUUAAGGUGGUAAUGAAAUGUGAUAUAUCCUUAGAAAAUAAUUUAUUUAACUAUUAUUGAUAAAAUUAUAGAAAACAAAUCAGUCGUUAUGAUUAUUUUAUGAAAAUAACUCCAUGUACUUAAAUUUAGCGAUUGUAUCCAAGAACUGUGUAAAUAAAAUAAAUACAUUCAACUUAUAGCUAAGUAUUUUUAUAAAACUUAUUCUUACAUUAUGUACACCACCAGUAACUUAUCAUUAUCAACUUUAUUAGCAAUGUAUCCUUAU